AUGUCACAAGAAUCAUUAACUAUCUGUACCCACUCUGGUAGCUUCCAUGCUGAUGAAGCCUUAGCAUGUUACAUGUUGAAAUUAGUCCCAACUUAUAAAGACGCCAAAAUUGUUAGAUCUAGAGAUAAAAAAGUUAUUGAUGCAUCAACCGUUGCUGUUGAUGUUGGUGCAGUUUACGAUUUAGAAAAACUUAGAUUUGACCAUCACCAAGCUGGUUUCACAGAAACUUUUGACGAUAAACAUUUGACCAAACUUUCAAGUGCAGGUUUAAUUUAUAAAAAUUUUGGUAAAACUAUUAUUAAAAAUCGUUUAAAUACAAAUGAAUCUGUUACAGAAUUAUUAUUCAACAAAAUUUAUGAUAAUACCAUUGAAGAAUUAGAUGGUGUUGAUAAUGGUGUUGAAAGAUAUCCAUCUGAUGUCAAACCAAAAUACCAAUCAAACUCAUCCAUCAGCUCAAGAGUAGGAAGAUUAAACCCAGCUUGGAAUGAACCACAAGACGACGAUUUAGUUUUCACUCAAUUUGAAAAAGCUAUGGAAUUAAUGGGUAGUUACUUUUUAGAUUGCCUUGAUUAUUAUGGUAAAUCUUGGUUACCAUGCAGAUCAAUUGUUGAAAAUUCAAUCGAUAAUAGAAAAAAUAUUCACUCAUCAGGCGAAAUUAUUGUUUUAGAAAUGUAUUGUCCAUGGAAAGAUCAUUUAUAUACAUUAGAACAAGAAAAAGAAAUUAAAACCCCAAUUAAAUUUGUUCUUUUUGAAGAUACAUCAGGUCAAUGGAGAAUUGGCGCUGUUAGUAUUAAUUUACAUUCAUUUACAAAUAGACUUUCACUCCCAGAAGAAUGGAGAGGCAAAAGAGACGAAGAACUUUCACAAAUUUCAGGUAUCGAAGGUUGUGUUUUUUGUCAUGCUAAUGGUUUCAUUGGUGGUAAUAAAACUAGAGAAGGUGCCUUAUUAAUGGCAAUCAAAGCUUUAAAUCAAUCCUCAAAAACCUUAUUAGAUGAACAUAAAUAA